AUGGCAGCAACACAGCAAUGCCCACAACAGCAGAUGGCAGUGCCAGAUCACAUUGAUGCAGCACUCAAAUCCUACCCCGAUUCAACCUGGGCCAUAGUACCGCGUUCAAACUCUUCUGGGGAACAAACAUGGAAUCGAAUCACAUAUGCGGACUUGGCGGGCGCGGUCAACAACAUGGCUCGCUGGAUUGAAAAGACAUGCGGCGUGGCACAGCAGACGGGCCAAACAAUUGGAUACAUGGGGGCCAACGACCUGAGAUACUUGGUAGUAAUGGCCGCGAGUCUCAAGGCUGGUUACGUACCACUGUUCACAUCCCCUCGGAAUUCGCUAGAUGGCCAGAAGUCCCUUGUAGAGAAAACAGGCUGUAGCAUUUUCUUAACAACAAGCGAGACUGUGCCGCUAGUCGAGCUGAUCCGAACUGCAGUGCCUGAUCUGAGAGUGUAUCAGGCGCCUACAGCAGACGACCUUUUUGAUCCUAAUCAACCCGCUGAGCACUAUGACGGUAGACAUUCUCACGAUGUCAACGCCACCAGUUUGAUUUUACACACUUCAGGCUCAACUGGUCUUCCAAAACCUAUCUGGCUGACCGUCGGCGGGUUGAACUCUAUAUACGAGCAAGGUCAACUUGGAGAUGAAGGUGGCAUUGAACCAGUUACCAGGUCAUUCCUAGCAGAUAAAAAGCCUAUGCUCGCUGCUGCACCCUUUUUUCACGCGCUAGGGGUACUCAUCAUCUUGGGCACAGCCAUGUGUGGUAGGCCGAUCGUGCAACUACCUUCCGAUAGAAUUCUGAGUGCGGAUUUGGUCAUGGAAGUGAUAGAAACCGUCAAACCCGUAACAGCAGUCUUUCCACCAUCCAUCCUAGAGGAUAUGUGUGCAACGUCCCGAGGUAUGGAGGCUUUGGCGAAACUGGAAUCGGUCUUCUUUGGUGGUGCUCCUCUUGCCGUCGAGAACGGUAACAAGAUUUGUCGUGUGACAAACCUGAACACUAUCAUAGGCAGUACGGAGGCAUUGUUCCUACCUACACUGAAAACAUCUGUACCAACCGACUGGGCCUAUUUUCACUGGGCCGCAGCUGUAGGCGUCGACAUGGAACCCGCCGGUGACGACCUGUUUGAGCUCGUUAUCAAGCCCAAGGACACCAAAUACCAGGCCAUUUUCCACACAUUCUCCGACAUCAAGGAAUGGCGCACCAAGGAUCUCUUUCGGCGUCACCCGUCCAAACCCUUUCUCUGGAAAUACAGUGGACGACGAGACGACAUUAUUGUUCUCAGCAACGGCGAAAAGUUCAACCCCGUCUUAACAGAAAAGCUGAUCGAGUCACACCCGUGGGUCAAAGGUGCUGUCGUCGUAGGCCAAGGCAGGUUCCAAUCGGGGCUUCUCAUCGAGCCGGAUUGGACACAGGUCAGCACUACUGACGCCCCGGCUCUCAUCGAUGACAUCUGGCCAAUGGUCGAACAAGCGAACCGUGAUGCGCCAGCCCAUGCACGCAUCUACCAGAGCAAGAUUUUUGUCAUAAGCAAAGAAAAGGCCUUUGUACGCGCUGCCAAAGGGUCUAUAAUACGGCUCCAGACAGUCGCAGCGUUUAAAGAUGAGAUUGAGGCUUUGUAUGCUGAUGAAGGAUACGCGAGCGACACAACACAAGACACCGCCAGUGACACGGGGCUACUCACAACAAUACGCAACGUAUUCUCGCGGGUCUUGGCCUCAUUCCACGAGGGUACUACUGAUGAUACCGACAUCUUUAGCCUAGGGGUUGACUCGCUUGACGUAUUGGCACUCAUCAACGCGUUGAACAAGGCUGUAAGGGGUGCCAACGUCACUGCAUCGACAAUUUACACCAACCCCACAAUCACAAAACUCGCCGGAUCUUUAUCUAAGGCGAUUCUGAGUUCAGGUUCCAAUCCUAUGGCUAAGCAAACUCGAGAAGAAAAGUUGAGCGCCAUGGUCAGGAAGUAUACGCAGGGUAUGAUUCGACCGAAGGAUAGGAAGGGGGCACCAAAGCAACCACCGUCCAAGCAAACCGUAAUCCUGACCGGAUCUACUGGAAGUCUUGGCACCCACGUGCUUGAACAACUGCUGAACAACAAAGAUAUCGAAAAGGUAUACUGUCUUAAUCGCUCGGACAACGCGGAAGUACGGCAAAAGGAAGCCUUCUCCAAGUAUCACAAUCCCGAGAUUGACCUUAGCAAGGCCGAGUUUCUGAAGACAGAAUUUGCUGAAGACAGGUUUGGCCUUGAGGAGGCUACUUACGCACGGCUGCUCGAUACUACGACAACAUUUAUUCACUCUGCCUGGCCCGUCGAUUUCAAUCUGUCUCUAGAGUCCUACGAGCAUACCCACAUAGCCGGUACUCGUCGCGCUAUCGACUUUGCGCUUGUGUCACGUCACAAUGUUUCCAUUGUCUUCAUCUCAUCGAUUGCGAGUGUGGGCAACUGGGGCAGCGUCGCACAGGAUGGAUGUGGUGUGCCCGAAUCCAACACCACACUCUUUGACAGCGCUAUUACAUUACCACAAGGCUAUGGUGAAUCCAAGUAUGUAUCCUCGCAGAUUCUGGCUACUGCUUCGCACCGUCUAGGCAUCAGAACUGCUAUUGUGCGCGCGGGUCAGCUUGCAGGACCAAGUACACAAGCAGGCGGUGCAGCAUGGAACCGGCAUGAGUGGUUGCCGACUAUAGUGCACACAAGCAAGAUGAUUGGAAAAUUGCCCCGCAAUUUGGGUAGCAUGGAGCGAGUGGAUUGGGUGUGCAUGGACACUGCGGCUGCAGCCGUCAUCGACAUAGCUACCGCCACGUAUUCCCAAGACGAACCUGCGCAAGUGUAUCAUCUGGCCAAUCCACACACUACGACAUGGAGCCAGCUAUAUCCGGUUAUCCAGGACUUCUUCAAACAGGAAGCAAACGUCGACAUGGAGGUUGUUGAAUACAACGAUUGGGUGGAUGAGCUUGCAAACAUCCCUCAGACCAAGGAAAACGCAGAGCGUAUCCCCGGAGUGAAAUUGCUGGACUUCUACCAGGGCUUACGGCCAGAGACUGGUGUGGGAUUGCCAGAAUUGGAAACAAGGAGGACCGAAGCUGUGAGCGAAGCAUUGCGUCAGGGCAAGGCUGUUGAUGAGGGUGUAGUAAAGAAAUGGUUAGAGCAAUGGGCGUUUUAG